AUGGACAGCUUGGAGAGCAAAGGAUACAAAGAGAUUGCGUACCGUUGGAAUCUGGAAGCCAAAGUUGAAGCAGUAUACCACGAAGCCCCGGCACGAUAUUUACGACUCGACAGGUCCGACACAGAAGGUGAUUCAGAUGAUGCCUUGCUUGCCAUUGAGGAGGCAACCUACUCAGAGUGGGACAACAGCGUCCUUGAGGAUCGAACCGACCUCGCCAGAGAGCCUGGCACCAGCCGCAGAGCAGGACACCCGCGGCACAUCAGACGAGUGACGAAGCGCAAGUUGUUGGCUGGAUGCAUGAAUGCAGAACAGGUAUGGACAAAAUGCUUGGUGCCCGCUUCAAGCCUUCCAGAGCUCUUGGCUCAGCGGCAGGAGAUGCAUCAGCGGAUGAAGGAGAUCACAAGCCGCAGUGAACCCAAGUCACGCUGGCACCGAGCUUUUGAAAUGGCGAUGGAAGGCCAUGAGGUCGACCGGGCAUUGCGGAAUGUGCGUGACAUCUCGAACAGGAUCAGGCAGUACAUGUUCUUUAGUGAGAGUCAGAAUUCUGUUCUGAAGCUUUCCAGCAUGCUGAACCAGUAUGACAAAAUCUAUGAGCGAAAGCGCUUUUCGAGACUUACAGGCCUUAGUGACCUCAGCAGGCUCGCAUAUCCCAUCGAGCAGCUGAUCGAUGCGAGAACCUUCGAGUGUCAUGAAGUCGUUCAGCAGGAGUUGGGCACUGCUGUCCAAAACGAGGUGAGCCGCCGAGCUGAACCAAUGGAACUGCAGCGCUGGGAGCGUGAGACGGACAGCGCCUUGCAGCAGUCAGAG